AUGGAAAAAACAAUUGUCGUCCACGAUCAAACUUUUCAUGCUGAUGAUGCAUUUGCAUGCUUUGUAUUCUUGCAUACCGAAGAAUUUCGCGGUGCAAAAAUUAUUCGUACAAGAAAUCAAGAAAUUAUCGAUAAAGCAGAUGCUGUAGCUGAUGUCGGCGGUAUUUACGAUCCAGAGAAGCGCAGAUUCGAUCAUCACCAACUUUCAUUCGAUUUCAAGUUCCCAGGUUGCGAAAUUCCAUGCGCAGCAGCUGGUGCUGUUUAUUAUCACUUCGGAAAGGAAGCAAUCAAGAACAUCCUUGCAGAAAACAAUCGUGAUGCUGGAGAGCACCUUGAUUACCUCUGGAACGAAAUGUAUUUCGUUUUUCUUAAAGAAGUUGAUGCAAUCGACAACGGAGUCAACAUGUACCCAACAGAUGUCGAGGUUACAUACUCUAUCAACACAGGUAUUUCUAGCAGAAUCGCUCUUCUCAAUCCUCACUGGAAGACAAAAGAUCCAGAUCCAUACGGCCAAUUCAUGAAAGCUAUUGAAUUGAUUGGAAAAGAGUUUACAGAUAGACUUCUCUUCAUGCUUGACUCACAAGUUCCUGCUAUGGACGUUGUUAAGCGCGCAUAUUACGACAGAUUUAACGUAGACGAAAGCGGAAAGAUUAUGAUCCUCUCCGAAAGCUGCGGAUUCGAGAAACACCUUAAGCGCUUUGAAGAAGAGGAAGAGAACGAAGAUAAGCCAAGAGUUCUCUAUGUUAUUUCCCAAAGAAACGACGGAUCAUACAACAUCAAGGCUGUUGGCACUGGAAAGGGCUUUGAGCUUAGAAAGGCAUUACCAUUCCCAGGACUUAGAGAUGAAGAACUUUCAACUAAAUCUGGAAUUCCAGGAGCAAUUUUCGUUCACAAGUCUGGUUUCCUUGGUGCAUACAAGGAAUUAGACCAAGCUGUUCAAUUCGCAAAGCUUGCUUUGGCCCAACCAACACCAGAAAUCCUUCCACCAAAGAAGGAGAAGAAACCAGAAGAGGAAAAGAAGACUGAAGAAGGAGCCAAGCCAGAAGAAGAAAAGAAGGAGGAAGAGAAGAAGGAAUAA